CUCUCUCUCUUUCUCUCCCUCUCCUAUCGGAGCACAAUGAAAGCCUGUGUAUCGCCGUGACUCCGGGCAGUGGAGCCAGUGUCAGCAAAGCGGCUAACAACAGACGGGAAAGAGAAAGGAAAAUACAAGCUACUUUUUUUUCCAUCUAUAAAGCGGAGCAAUACAAGAGAUAGAACCACAUUGCUUAUUGCGAGUCCAGACCCUCAGAUCCACUGGCCGGGGAUGGAAUGUACAAAAGUGGACAGAAAAGUGGCUGGACAUGACUCGGUGCAAUUUGCUGGAAGUUUGUAAGUUUGACCAUCGUUUGUAAAUUACUCUCGGAAGAGUUUGUCUCUCUUGAUACUGUAUUAGAAUAGAGCCGGGGGUGAGGAAUAGAAACGUAAGCGGGAAAGAAAAAAUGUGUUGAAGGAUCUCUCUCAGUGGCUAGCGACUUCAGACUGCUUUCAUUUAAGGCUGGGAAACCUUAGAGGGAAUGAGGAUUUUACCGGUGAUUGGAUUAGCUAAGGAAAAAAGCGUGGUCCAAAAGUCCAUUUACUGACAUUGUUAACAAUUGAAAAGCUGUCUCUCUCUCUUGGGAGACGACAACAUCCUACAGUACCCCAAAGAGGAGAAAACACCGGAGCAAAGAGAAAGGGAGGAAAAAUUCAAAGCCAAAAGACAAUCUCUCUUGAUUUUUUUACGUUUUGAAGAUUGACUUCAAAAACCUUCUGAAACAGCACUUUUUUUUCUAAAUCUGAGGAAAAGUAAAGGCUGCGGAUUACACAGACGGUGGUAGAAAUGUGUUUCUCUGCAGAAACAUCCCCGUAAAGAAUUUUCCGAAACAACUAGGUGAGGGGGAGUCCAGCUCUCUAUUAAUACCUCUCUCAAUUCCCUUUGCUGUCUGUUUCUGUCUCUGGCUUGACAAUCCCUGAAUUCUCGCUCCAACCCCCAGAUCGUGUGUUUACAAAGUACCUAGUGGUUUUUGUCAGCUUGGUGGAGGGAAAAAACCCACCAACUCUGUCCAACUUCGCCAGAGCUGUCAAAUGCAAUUAGAGUAAGUUGAUCAGGGUUUGUUUCCAACUUACCCUCUGCAAUUGGUUUCUAUUCUUUCUCCUCACCCUCUUUUUACUAACUCCCCUCCCCCACACCUUCUCCACUGCUCCCCCCAACCUCUGAAGACCUCUAUUCAUGUGGCCCUGAACACUGAGCUCACAUCCUCAAAACCAGAUUUGGCUGUAAUAGCCAGCAGUAGCCUCUUUCCAUCUCACCAUCCCAGAGGCAGCAAUCAUUGUAUCCAGUAAGAUGGGGGACACAGCGCCCCCACAGGCCCCCGCAGGAGGGCUAGGGGGGGCCCCUGGGGCGGGGCUCCUUGGAGGGGGCUCAGUCACCCCGAGAGUGCAUAGUGCUAUCGUGGAGCGCCUCCGGGCUCGGAUUGCCGUCUGCCGCCAGCACCACCUGAGCUGUGAAGGACGCUAUGAGCGUGGUAGGGCUGAGAGCUCAGAUCGGGAAAGAGAGAGCACCUUGCAGCUCCUGAGCCUUGUACAGCAUGGCCAGGGGGCAAGGAAGGCUGGCAAACACACCAAGGCCACUGCCACUGCUGCCACCACUACAGCCCCUCCACCACCCCCUGCUGCCCCUCCUACGUCCUCCCAAGCAGCAGCAACAGCAGCCCCACCGCCCCCACCAGACUAUCACCAUCACCACCAGCAGCACCUGCUGAGCAGUAGCAAUAAUGGUGGCGGUGGUGGGAUCGACGGGGAGCAGCAGCCACCAGCUUCAACCCCAGGGGACCAGAGGAACUCAGCCCUGAUUGCGCUUCAGGGUUCCUUGAAAAGAAAACAGGUAGUUAACCUGUCUCCUGCCAACAGCAAGAGGCCCAAUGGCUUUGUCGACAACUCAUUCCUUGAUAUCAAAAGAAUCCGUGUCGGAGAGAACCUCUCUGCAGGGCAAGGGGGCCUCCAAGUAAAUAAUGGACAGAGUCAGAUUAUGACAGGGACCUUGCCCAUGAGCCAAGCACCCCUGAGAAAGACUAACACUCUGCCUCCCCAUACACAUUCUCCUGGCAAUGGUAUGUUUAACAUGGCCUUAAAGGAGGUGAAGAAGGAACCGGGAGAGACUCUGUCUUGCAGUAAGCACAUGGAUGGCCAAAUGACCCAGGAGAAUAUUUUCUCUAACAGGUACGGAGAUGACUCUGGAGAGCAGCUGAUGGAUCCUGAGCUGCAGGAACUGUUCAAUGAACUGACCAACAUAUCGGUGCCUCCCAUGAGUGACCUUGAGCUGGAGAACAUGAUCAAUGCCACCAUAAAGCAGGAUGACCCAUUUAACAUUGACUUGGGUCAGCAAAGCCAGAGGAGCACUCCCAGGCCCUCCUUGCCUAUGGAGAAGACAGUGAUCAAAAGUGAAUACUCACCUAGCCUGACGCAGGGCCCCUCGGGCUCUCCUCAGAUGAGGCCCCCAUCAGCUGGCCCUGCAUUCUCUAUGGCCAACUCGGCCCUUUCCACUUCAUCCCCAAUCCCUUCAGUCACUCAGACCCAGGCUCAGCCACAGACAGCCUCAGGAGCAAGCCGGGCCCUGCAGAGCUGGCAAGAAGUGUCCCAUGCCCAACAGCUCAAACAAAUAGCUGCCAAUCGUCAGCAGCAUGCCCGGAUGCAGCAGCACCAGCCUACCAACUGGUCAGCCUUGCCCUCUUCCGCUGGGCCAUCACCAGGUCCAUUUGGGCAGGAGAAAAUCCCCAGCCCUUCUUUUGGUCAGCAGCCAUUCAGCCCACAGAGCUCCCCCAUGCCUGGGAUAGCCGGCGGCAGCAGCCAGUCGAAAGUAAUGGCUAACUACAUGUUCAAGGCCAGCCCCUCGGCCCAGGGAGGGCACCUGGAUGUACUCAUGCAGCAAAAGCCUCAGGAUCUCAGUCGAAGUUUUAUUAACAACCCGCACACAGCCCUGGAGCCCCGGCAUGGCAACACCAAGCCUUUGUUCCAUUUUAACUCAGAUCAAGCAAACCAACAGAUGCCUUCUGUUUUGCCUUCCCAGAACAAGCCUUCUCUCCUCCACUACACCCAACAGCAGCAGCAGCAGAGCUCAAUUUCAGCUCAACAACAGCAGCAGCAGCAGCAGCAGCAACAACAACAACAGCAGCAACAGCAGCAGCAGCAGCAACAACAACAGCAACAACAACAGCAGCAGCAGCAGCAGCAGCAGCAGCAGCCACAACCACAGCAGCCACCAUCCCAGCCCACACAACCUCUAUCAAGUCAGCCUUUGCUAAGAUCACCCUUGCCGCUUCAGCAAAAGAUCCUGCUUCAGAAAAUGCAGAAUCAGCCUAUCACAGGACUGGGGUAUCAAGUCUCCCAACAACACAGACAGGAUCAACACUCUGUGGUAGGCCAGAACACAGGCCCCAGUCCAAGUCCCAACUCCUGCUCAAAUCCAAACACUGGAAGUGGUUACAUGAACUCCCAGCAAUCACUGUUGAAUCAGCAAUUGAUGGGAAAGAAACAGACUCUACAGAGGCAGAUCAUGGAGCAGAAACAGCAGCUUCGCCUUCAGCAGCAGAUGCUGGCUGAUGCGGAGAAAAUUGCUCCACAAGAUCAGAUAAACAGACAUUUGACAAGGCCACCUCCAGAUUAUAAAGACCAAAGAAGAAAUGUGGGCAAUAUGCAACCAACUGCUCAGUAUUCUGGUGGAUCGUCAACAGUGAGUUUAAACUCUAACCAGCCUUUGGCAAACCCAGUUUCAACACCCGCCAUUUUAACUCCAAAUUCCAGCCUCAUGUCUACUUCCCAUGGGACAAGGAUGUCAUCAUUAUCCACAGCAGUUCAGAACAUAGGGAUGUAUGGAAAUCUACCUUGCAAUCAACCUGGCACAUACAGCGUCACUUCAGGAAUGAAUCAGUUGACCCAACAGAGAAACCCAAACCAACUGAUAGCAAAUCAAAACAACCCUCUGAUGCCACGGCCGCCUACUUUAGGGCCAAGUAAUAAUAAUAAUGUGGCCAAUUUUGGAGCUGGAUCUGUUGGCACUUCGCAACAAUUGAGACCAAAUUUAACCCAUAGUAUGGCAAGCAUGCCAGCACAGAGAACAUCGAAUGUAAUGAUCACAUCCAACACAACGGCACCAAGCUGGGCCUCUCAAGAAGCAACAGCCAAACAGCAGGAAGCCCUAAAGUCCACAGGAGUCCGCUUCCCCACAGGUACACCUGCAGCCUAUACUCCAAACCAGUCAUUGCAACAGGCGGUAGGUAGCCAGCAGUUUUCCCAGAGGGCAGUGGCUCCUCCUAACCAGUUAACACCAGCAGUACAAAUGAGAUCCAUGAACCAAAUGAGCCAAACAUUAAAUGGACAAACCAUGGGUCCACUCAGAAGUCUGAAUCUCAGACCCAAUCAGCUAAGCACACAGAUUUUGCCUAAUUUGAACCAGUCAGGAACAGGGUUAAGUCAGUCAAGGACAGGCAUAAGCCAGCCACCAUCCCUGACACCCAGCAAUUUUCCUUCACCCAACCAAACUUCCAGGGCUUUUCAAGGAACUGACCAUGGCAAUGACUUGGCUUUUGACUUUCUCAACCAACAGACUGAUAGCAUGGGCCCUGCCCUAAACAGUGAUGCUGAUUUCAUUGAUUCUUUGUUGAAGACAGAGCCUGGUAAUGAUGACUGGAUGAAAGACAUCAAUCUUGAUGAAAUCUUGGGGAACAACUCCUGAAGGAGAAAAGGGAGACAAUUCACAAACUCCAAGCACUAAAAAGCAGUAUUUUCCAAGGACUCUGUAAAGGCCAAACUGUUGACUUUUAGUUGGACUACGUGAAGAUACCUUGGCUUAAAAAUGAAAAGCAGAAAGUAACUGUGGUGGUGAAUAUUUUGGUCCAAAUGCUUGUCUUAAAUCUCAAUCCUGAAAGUAAAACAUUGGGAUCACUUUUCCCUGUCUAAACUCCAGAACGCAGUAUCCAAUUUAUCCAACCAGAAUUGUGAUGUUGAUGUGUAAUUAGUUAUGUAAGAUAGGCUUCCCAAGCUCCUUGUCUCCCUGAAAGAAAAGUAAUAGAACUUGUAGCUUGUUUAAACCCCAUGUCACACGGAGGUACUAGUUCCAAGCAAGAAGCAACAAAUUCCUUAAUUUGCUCUAAUAGAUAGAAGUGUGGUUUAAUCUUUCCACUCUUGUCUUUUCAUUUAGUUCUCCUAAAACUUCCAGGGUAGACUGAAAUGUUGUAGGUUUGUUUGGAAUAACCAAACAGUAUUCUAAGUAAAUGAAAGCCAGAGAACCUAGAGAACAUCCAGUGGAUUAUAGAAUUUUUUCCCCAGAUUCACUCCUUACUUUUUCAGUUUUCCCACAUGUCCUAUACUUCAGCAACAUGCUGUGUCUAGUGAUGAAACAAGAAUGCAGAGCUGUCCAACUGUAUUUGGUCUUCCACAACCAAUUUCUGAAUCCAUUUCCAAUUCUCAGAUACAACCAUGACCUGUCCUAAUUAUACUGAAAAAAUAGUGCACACCUGUCUGCAUCAGAUUUUACUAUUUAAAAAAAAAACACCCCAUUGCGUAUUGCUAUAAAGGAGAUUUAUUUGGCUACAAAUAAGUUGGGAUAUUGCCUAUUGUGAUGAUGCCCGCUGCUUAGUUCCCAAGCUGAGUGAAAUUGAGCCUGGUCCUCUCUGCUUAUUUUGAUGACCAGAGACUGAUUUGUAAGAAAAGAAAGUUUGGAGACCAAAACUGAGAUUAGAGGGUAUGAUGUUUUGUUUGGAGAUAAGCAAAAGAUCAGGUCCAGGGAUGGUGAGUAUGGGUGCAUGCAAAUCUAUUUCUUGGGGUUUGAAGGAAAGCAUAAUUGAGAGAGAAAACAAUCUGUCCUUAUUUGGUCAUAUUAUUUGGGUAAACAGCUAAAUAGAAUGUGAUCUGUUAGUAGCAGUCUAUUCAUUCUUCUGUCCCUGAUGUGAUGAAUCAUUGCCACAUGCUAGAUGGACCCUUCAUAUCCAGGUUUUCUCCCUCAGGGCUGAGCACUGUAUCAAAGAAAGAGUUGUUGUUGAGUCAUGUAACUUCAGUGCCCACAUACAAAUCAGCUGUAAAAUGGGGAAGAUAUGUGCUGAUUUGGGAUGGAUGCAAAAUAUCACUAUCAUUUUCCUCAUUACAGAGGAACACAGGUUAUCUUCAUCCUUUUUAGUUAUACACUCAUGUAUUCAAUUAUCAAAUGUAAUUUAACUGAAGUCGUUUAAUAACUGUCUUUAAAUAUCUGUUCUAAAAAAAAUACAUUUUGAAAGUUCUGCAAAGCCCUCUCCCAAUUUUUAAAAUGUCUAAAAGCACUCUCUUUCUUUUACACAAUACCAACAUCACUGGCCCAGAAUCUUUUCUGUGCUAGGUUGUAAAUAUAAAUAAAUUACUUGUUUUGUAAACUUUUGUAAAGAAUAUUUUGGUAGAAAUACUUAAAACAUAUUCUUUCGGUUAUAUUUAUACAUAUGUGAAAUAAAUAUACUAUCAAAAGGUUAUAUUUUAUACAAAAAGUAAAUUGUUACCUUUUGUAUGCUAAUAUACAAAGUUUUGUAUAAUAUGAUGGUUUAUUUUUAGCUCUACACUUAAACCAUAGGAGGUCAAGUGGGAACUUUUGAAAACUAUCAAGAGGCUUGUUAGACAAAUUUAUACUCUGAAACCUCAAUAAGAAAGCAUUCCAGGUUUCAAUCCUUUCCCCUUUUUUUUCUUUCUGCUCCCAAAUUCUUGUUUAAGCCCAUAAUUCGUGUGUCUUGUUUGAUUAUUCUGCUGUGCACAUUGUAUUGGUCCUUGUUGCAUGUGGUCUACUGUGUGUUUUCCCACUUUAUAAAACAGUGUUCCUCCAUGCAAAAAAGUAAGGAAAAAAUUAUGUACAUAUAAACACUUUUAUUUUAUGGCUCCUCCAUGUUACUGUAUAUAUCUGCCAGCACUUCCCAGUUACACUCCUGUGAUUCAGCUAUUUUUGCCCUAACAUAAAUAGUAUGUUUUGUAGUAGCUAUCAAAUUUAAGAGAGAAAGCAAUCAGAAUGUUUGGAUUUUCUUCUAUCUUAAUGUGAAUUUCAUAAUUAAUGUCUAUUUAUUCAGCUAUUCAUUAAAAUACAGGAUUCUUUGGAAAAAAUGGUGUAGUCUAUAGUUUCUGUUUGUUGGCAGCCUGUUACCAAAGAUGAUGUAAUUUUCCUGAAAGCUGAGAUAAUGACAAUUUGAUAGACAUACGUAGCCAAAACUUUAGAUUUACAACUUAAAAGCUAUUGGAGUACAAUCUCCCACUUAUAGAAAUACCAGACUACUUAAUUGUUGGCAUUGUUUAUCAUUCUGACAUAUUAUACGGGAGGUAGAAGUAAUUUUUCUUUUUGUUUUUUAAUUCGAAGACUAGAAAGCAAUCUAAGCAAAUAAUUCAUUCUUAGCUUUGUGUUAAGCCCAAUGAAGACAAAUAACUCUGCUCUAAAUGAAUGCACUAAUAUUACUUUCAUUGCUGUAACUGUACCCAUAACUGUAAAGAUUUCAACUUGUAAAACAAGUAUUUUGUAUUGUGUGUAAUUCCAUGUGUUAAAAAAAUAGUUUAAAAAAAUUCAGAAGUGGUUCUCUUGUAUGAAAUCAUACUUUCAGUCGCCAACAGUAUUGUUGCUACAUCACAGAAAGUUCUAAGAACUGUUAAUAGUGAUGGGAACUUAAAGGCAAAUUCAUUCUCUGGGAAGCUUCUAAUACUGGUGAAAUGCUGACUUGUCUCAUUUCAGUAUUUUUUAGUUCACUUAGAAAGUUUGCAUUAAGAUCCUAUAUGCACAGCACCUACUGAAUACUGGAGAAACACUGCCCAGUUCGCAGGCACAGUGAGCAUUUGCCUGUCCUGCUGUGUGGCAUUUGGUCAGACCAAGCUGAGUGAACACAGGGCCAGGUAAACACAGCCUCACUGAGCAUGUUUACACAGCCCUUCUGGAGAGUCAAGGAGGUUGGGAGAAAGACGGGCCUUUGUAGGAGGCAAGAGGAACCAUUCUAACCAAAUUUUCUUGCUCUACUCUCGAAAUA